GCAACGCGGCUUCCGAGGAGGGUGCGCAUGAAUACUCCAUAACGCCGAUGCGGCUUGUGUGUUUUGCGAGUGGUUGUGUGGUGCACCGUACCUUGUGAUUGAAAAGUUUGUUCCCAAAGUGUUAGCACCGUAUCUACGCAAAAUGGAUUUAACCUACGUUGUUCUCAUCGUCUCUGGAGCCGUGAUAGCCGUAACAGAGAGCCAUGGGGACAUGUACAUCCAGCCCGCAAAGUCGCACUACCAUUACUUCACCCACCACAACUUCUUCGUCACAUGCUAUCCUGGCGCAGGAAGCCACAACCCACAGCUGGUUUGGAGAGGCCCAGAUGGCCGAGAUAUCAGGAGCACUCAUGGCAGGAUCCACAUUGUGCCGCCAUCGGAAAGCGAUCCCGGGCUGAAGUUGGUUGUCGAGAACGUGCUCGAGCAAGAUAAGGGGCGCUACACAUGCGCAUCCCUUAGUGACGGCAACGAUGUGUUUUUCAACCUCACUGUUUACAGAGCGAUCACUUUCGAGGGAACAGAAGAGAUACAGUCGGCACCUGAAGGGCAAGAUUUCACACUUAAGUGCCAGGUUGAUGCUGAAACCAAGCCCGACGUCUCUUGGAACAGGAACGGUGCUCCCAUUAAAGACCCCAAGAAAUACAAGAUGACGGAAGAAGGGCUGUUCAUCAAAAACCUCACACGACAAGACGCGGGCAACUACACGUGCUUGGCCUUCGUGGCCGCUACGCACUUAACUGGCUAUAAUCAAAAGACAUUGAAGCUCAACGUUCUCUACGGCCCCGAAUUCAAGCAGCCCGUCCAAGAGGAAGCAUACACGACUCCCGGGUCGACGGCAACCAUGAUUUGCGAAGCUGAGGGUUCACCGGUGCCUAUGAUCCAGUGGUUUCAGGAUGGAGACGGGAUCGCGGAGGACGACGAGCACGAGAUCAUUGGCGAUAUUGGUUCCAGCACUCUCAAGGUUAAAGUAACUGAUAAGAACCAGUUCGGCGAAUACACCUGCAGAGUGAGCAAUGACCUGGGUGCUUCUGAGCACGUUAUAACGCUGAAGGAAGGAGAAGCUCCCAAGGCACCCAAAGUCAGGGUAGUGGAUGCCAACCCCAACACGUUGGUUCUGAAGAUCGAGCACCCCGGAAAAAGUCCUCUGAAAGUAGUUGGCUUCAAGGUCCAGUACAAGGCAGUUGCUGACACGUGGGAUAUGGCAACUACACAAGAAUACAAGUCUGGUAAUGGCAUCCAAUACACGUUGCAAAACCUGAACCACGGCACGAAUUACGCCAUUCGAGUAUCGGCCCGCAACGCUGCCGGGUACGGAGAUUUCUCAGAGGAUGUCUAUUACAGGACCAAGGACCCUCAACAUUAUACGCAAGCAAACAAAGCAGGGUGCAGCGGGUCCUUCCUUACUCAGUUUGGUGUGGUGGCUCUAUCUAUAGGGUACCUGGCUCUCCUGAAAUUAUAGAACAUACACAUGUCAGCCACUUGCAAUGAGAAGGUUAGGUCACAGCUGGAAAAAGAAAAAAGAGAUGCCUAUUGAAAUCAUUCAACUUUUACUGUCCCUCUUAUGACAACUGUCCAUGUUUGUGUUCUCAAAUGUGAGGUUUAGUUUUCGUCUUAGGUUUUGACAACGAAACGAAAAACAACCUCUUCUUCACUUGUUCUGUGCUGAAGUUUAAUGUCACUUUCGGCUUUUCGGUUGUAAUAAUAUGCACGGGUUUCCAUUACUGCAGUCCUGAUUAGCAGUAGUAGCGUUGGGAGGCUGAAAACUCAGUUUACUGGCUCAUUGAAUGAUUUAGAAUGAAUUAGUGCUUUGGAAAACCUUGCUUUCCCUAUAUAUUGAUCUGAUGAAGAAUCUCGCCUCGAUUUGUUGAAGUCUCCUGUGCAAAAGGUGUGCGCAUGCUCUGGUGAACAAACAAGUUUAGACAAAUUGAGUUUUCCUACAGUUUUUCUCUCUUUUUUGGUGACACUUGUAGGAGCCAGUUCCUUUCUGUUAAAAUACAUUUUGGGAGCACGUUGGAAUAAACUGAACCAUUGUGCUGAAUGUUAAUGCAUUAACGUCAUAGUACAUUUUAGAAUGUAAUACUGUAGGUGUUUAACAGAGAAACUUCUCUGUCGUCUAAGUGUCUACAUGUGCAGUGAAGUUUUCAAGUGUUUUCACAAAGUGUAUCGCGAGUCUUGCCAAUGUCAGACAUGUACUGGAUCUGCAUGUGCUUUCAUAUCUUACUGCGAUCACUGGAUUGACGGGCCCGGCUAAGGGGCGACACGGUGAACAGCAAAUGUCUCAUUUGCCCCAGCUUUUUACCCUCUACGGGUGUGCGAGUCUGAUUGUUUCAUGAGGCACUUUGGAGCAAACAGGUGCGUCACUUCAGUUAGGCAUACUCAAAGAACAAAUUCGAAGGUUUGAGCGUACUCAAGGGGUAGCUCUAGUAUAUCUCAUACUGCCAUACUGCUCGAUGGAAGGCACGCUGUGCGCUAAAAUAGUUAUUUCAAUCAAAACCUAUUGAACAUUAGAGGAACAUUCGUUGACUAUACGCACAAGUUUGCCCGAUAUUUCUCUGUUACACAACAUCAACCUCAAAUGUUGUAUGCGAUUCCUGUAUGACGCUUUUCGCGAAUAAGACGUAGUUGAAAUUAACAUUGUAGACUGGUACAGAAAACGUUUAGAUAUUGUUUCGUUCCCUGCUGAGCAAACCUGCACAACGUUAAGCAACGAACAUUAUAUCUGGAUCAGGGACGUCGGCGCGCUCAAAUGUUGUAGUUCGUUGCUCCUCUUUAAAGACAGGAAACAGGGUGCCUCGUUAUGGGAAAUGAUAACGUGCAUUGCCUGCGUUGCAUAUUUCUCAAGCCGUCCUGAGCACGGGCUAAGGUUUAUUGAAGUAAAGCUUCCUGUCACGAGAAUUCCUCCAGUUUCCCUUCAUCAAGUUACGUCAAUGCGAUGGUAAUUCCUUUCUUUAGGCGCUGAACUGGAGGGAGACGAUCGCGAAGUCAAAAACUACUUCGAAAUCUGCGGAUAUAUUUGUUUCGCUCGUCUAAACCAGCCGGAGGACGUCGACACGAUCGGACAUUAGCUAAGGCGAUACACAGCUUUGCGCGCUCUUCAUGCGCACCGUUUGAAAUAACGUUCACGCAAGUCGAGCGUAAUGUCGAAACAACCUUGAAAAAGAACUACGCAGAUUUGAGUAUCGAUCUGAAAAUUCCUAGGAUAUAUUGAUCUUUCGACAUUACGGUGUUCCGGCGAUUUGUAUGUGACUUUAACGUAUCCUAUACGAACCUAGAAAGUACUACAGUCGUUUUCCCCUUGUCGCCGCGCCAUUGGACCAAGCCCGCUACAGAACAGGAUCGCUUGCGUGGAUCCUGCGAUUGCACUGCUUUACGCGUUCCAGACACUCUACUCAGACUAAGGAGAGAAGGCCUCUAGAAUUUGGAAUGUAGUGGAAUCGACGGAUCCACGGAAGCAAUCCCGUUCUGUGGCGGCCAUGCUUGGUCCAGCUGCGCGGCGGCGAAAGGAAAACAAUUGCGGCACCUUAAAACUCAAAAAUUAAAGUAAUAACCCUGUCACGAAUUAAUGAGGUGGUGUUUUGCGACAUCACACUCGAAGACUUUGCAGAGCUAAGAACGAAAGGGAAACUAAGGAACAUAAACACACACACUUAAGUGUUUGUGCCCAGUUUUACGCUCGCACGCAGUAUUCUAAGUGUCAUCAUGCCUCGCGUUUGUGUUGCUUUCUACCGGGUUUAAUUCGUCUUCUCGAGAGUUAAAGGUCUCGGAUGUCUCACAGGUGCACAGGGUUACCAUUUUAUAUAACAAGGCACCCCGUGUUUGGUGCUCCAUCAAGGCGCAAGCUGUAGGAAGCGGCGAAGCCAUCUCGUGCAAUGUUGUCUUAUAAUAGUGUGCCAUCCCAUAGAAAGAGUUAACUCUUCGAUGGACUUCCAAAGAGCCAUGCUGUAUUACCGCUAGGCGAGGGCGACUCCAGUAAUCGUUCACAUAACGUAUUUAGCCAUUGAUGUAAAUACAUAGGGCGUUAUGUUUAACGGCUUUCUAUCGAAUGUCUAUCUAAUGGUGCGAUACAAUCUCUCGCUUGGUGUAUUAUAUGGUGCAUGAGUCUCAGAGAAUUAUAUAUAUAUUUAUGUAAUCUUUGGAGACUAUACAUUUUUCGAGGCUCCGUCUUUGAUAAGAAGUGACUGUUUGCAUGACAUGUGUUGUUGAAUAGUGUACAUAUAUGCUUGCUCGCUGACUGUUACACGUGGCGUCAGUUAUUUUACGUGGAUAAUGAAUUUUAAGAGUGCGAGGGAAUGAUUUUUUACGGGACAGGUCGCCGGCUCGAAGGUUGGUUUCCGUGUGGACAAAGUUGUUGACUGUUUCUGUGAGCAUGCUGCAAUGUGUACCAUCGUUUUUGUAUCUUCAGGCUUCCUACUCUACUCGCCAUUCCAAACCUCGUGAAACCCGUAGAUGUCGCAAUAUUGUUUUCUCGGUGUCACUGUUGAACAAUGCAAAGCGUUCUACGUAGUGUUUUCUGGUUUUUGCUCGUUUGUUCUUCUUUAGUAUGAAUUAGACAUGUAGCCUGUACUUCCACGUCGCUCGGUCCAUAUGAUCAAUGGCGUAUCCAAUGUUUCAACGUGGGGGAUGGGCACAACGUGUUGCUGACACUGUUUUAUCACCCGCAAAUUCAUCUUUGAAACAAAUUUUCCAGUCUAGCUGGAAAUGCUUGUGGUAGUUCGCUGCCCAGCACUUUUUUCUUUCUCUCUCUCUUUUUUUUUUUUUUUUUGCUCUUUAGAAUAUACGGUAGCGCAUUUACAAUACAACAUUCGUAAAACUAUGCACCCAUCACUUACACGAUAUCUGGCUAUCUAGAAGACAAAUUGUGCACUCGCACACGCGCACAGUACGUUCAAACCGAGCGGAAUUUCAGUCAAUCCAUUGAAGUCGAAGAAGAAACCGUCUGUUGUCACAUCCGUUCUGGUUUCCGCAGCGGGAAGCCUGUUCAUCCUCCGUCGAUACGCCACUGCAUAUGACACUCAGAGCUGUGUUCCAACUGGUUUCGAUAUUUUAUGAACAGAGUAACGUUUACAUGUGUGUAAUGUAAAUAAAGUAUGUUUUGGAAGAUACA